AUGGACGGGAAGAAGUACGACAUCCUGCUGCUUGGCAGCACGGGGUACACCGGGCAAAUGGUAUUGGAGUAUUUUUUGAAAAACUACCAAGGGAGAAUCUCCAGUGGAGAGGUAAAACUUCUGUGCGCAGUAAGAAGUACAAAAAAAAUUAGCGACAUUUUGUCAAUAAUGAAAGAAAAGGAAGGUGUAACGUGUAGUGAAAAGAUUGACACAAAACAAUGCGAUGUUGGUAACUACGAUUCCAUUUUAAGUUGUUGCCGUAUGUGCAAAGUGGUCAUCAGUACAGUGGGUCCCUAUGCGACAUACGGGUAUAAUAUUGUUAAGGCGUGUGUGGAAGCGAAUUGUCACUACGUAGACGUAUGUGGUGAGCAUACGUUCAUGUUGAACAUAUACAAGGAGUUCAACGAAAUUGCCAAGAAAAAAAAACUGAAAAUUGUUCACAGCGCAUCGUUCAUUUCAGCCAUUAGCGAUUUGGGAACAUUUAUAAUUCAAGAGGAAUUUUUAAAAAGGUACAAACAGCCAUGUCCAUAUAUUCGCAUAAGGCUUUCCGCGGAAGGCAGUGAGUUCAGAACGGUGGGGAAAACCACCAUAAAAAGUUUUUUGCAAUUCAAGAAGGAUGUCCAAAAUGGUUAUAAUGAGCAUUACUUGUGUGACAAUAAAUAUGACAAAGUGGUGAAUGAUGAGGCAAGUUCCUAUUUAUUAAAAAAGCAAAAAAAAGAAAAAUCGUUUUUCGACUAUGAAGAGGAAUUUGGAUACUGCUUUGGGACAAAUUAUUCUCCAGCAGAAGAAGGCUACGUUUUGUGGUCAAAUUAUUUGCUUAAUUAUAAGUAUGGGAAGAACCUAAUUGUCAGUUAUCAGCAAUACGACGCGCACUUGACAACCCCCAUGUACGUUUUAGGUAAAAUAGUAUCUACCGUGAAGAAGAUGUUUAAUAGUGUAAUGGCGUUUGCACUGAGUCCAUUUGGUUUGAAUAACUAUUUGGCGGAGAAGUACGUUGACUGGCUGCACACGGUAAAGACGGCGACUGAGUUGAGGAAGGCCUUUUGGUCGUGUGCGGUGGUUGGGCAAUCCUACGUCGGGGAAGGGAAUUCUUCAGAGGACGAGAAAGGGAGAAAGGAUCCUGGAAAUGGUGCCCAUGCGAACAGCGAGAAGCAGGAGCGGAAGAUCUUCCUCCACUUGAGUGGAAAGAAUGAAGACCCAGGAUAUCUCCUAAGCGCGAAAAUUAUUUCGGAAUCUGGGCUUUCGCUAUUGGAGUCUACGUUACCUGACACCUUUGGAGUUGUUUCCGUGUCGGUUGGCCUCGGCCAAACUGUGGUGGAGCGACUUCGAAAGGCAUCGGUCGGCAUGCGCAUUGAGGUGUGA